GUGUGGCUAGUUCUCUCUCGGUUUCUCUCGACCUCGAUAUCCUCAGUGCAUCAUUCAUGGCUAGUCCUGGCAGUGGUGAGCGUUCGCCUCUUGUGGAGAGUGAUGAACAUGGGCAUUUUAGAAGCUUCAGUGCCCUCUCUGAGGACGGCGGGCACCCAGACCGCCCGCGGCAUCCUCGCAGUCAACGACCGAGAGGUUGGAGAAAUCGAACACAUUCAGAUGAUGAAGGGACCCAAUACGACCAUAGGACUAAGUACAAACGACAGAGUCCUAAUCAGAUGCCAAAACUGGAACCACACGGUCCGCGUGAAGAAGAAGGAGAACCAGAAGGAGAACCGGGAAGAGGUGGGGAGAUAGAACCAGAACCGCAAGUCGAAGAAGUCGUUAAACUGUGGAAACGUGUUGCGCUGUGCAUCACUUUUGCGCUCCUGCCUCUCACCCUCCUAUUUAUAGGCUGCGUUACUCUGGGUGCCUACACCACUGACAAGGUUCACAAAGUUAAUUCAGAGGAGUGGAGCGUAUGGGUAAGCAACACCGAAGCCCUCAGGGUCAGCGAUAUUACAAACAAGGAACUGCGCUGGUAUUCGGGCGAUGUUUGCAUCGAAAAGGUUUCAACCAACGACUAUCAAAAGCAGGUGGAAGUGUCGCUUGUGCGGAUAACGUGCUCAGAGGUUAAAAAAAGACGCGUCUAUGAGAAUAUCACAAAGGAGUUUACUCACGGGUCAACUCAUAAACUGAGUUUCUUCUGGACAGCCGACACUGAGAUACUGCUUCAGAUGAGGAUAGGUCUCAUACCGAAUAUAACGACAACACGAUGGCUGAAUGUCUAUGUCAUUAAAACUACGGACCAGCGAAGGGAGUGUGUAGCACGAAAUAUGCCCACCGGGUACCUUCACAGGUGGCAGUUCAACUACAAUGGAACCAGUUCAGAGAAUACAAAUUGUACUAGUGACGACAACAUCACAGCAGAGUGUUCAUCUCCGUUGUAUGGGAUAGACAAAACCGAUCGCUAUCUCGUGUGCAUGUUCUCUUCACUAUACGGUGAGUCUUGGCAUCAUCAUGUUGUCACGUACAACCUUCAGAUAAAUGGGAGUGUGUACGAUCUAAGUGACACUGCUCCCUACGAGAAUAAGGAGUGUAGACUGGACCAAUCACAAUGCUGCAACAAUUACGGAAGUGUCUUCCAAGAGAUGUACGAACCGACUUGUGUCUUUAUCCACAACACAGCUCCGUCGAGCAGCCUAGAAGCAAACGAACUCUCGUUUCCAAUGAAAGUAAAGCCACACUCAAAGUGGGAUGCGGUAGUAGCUUGCUGGUUGCUGGCGUUUGUUUUUGCCCUGUGUCUUGUGUUGUCUAUUGUUUGUAUCGUUGGUAGAGUGAAGUAUCACAAAGCCCACCCAGAUAGGUACUGUGCUGAACUGAAGAUAGCCGGACAUAUUUGCUUACGUGUCUGAAUCUGUAUUUCUUCAACCUUUGUGUGUCAACCUUUUUGUAACUGUGUAUAUACUGUGUACAGUCCAUGAUUAUGUGGUAUGUGGACUCCAUUGUCACUUUUCUGCUGAACUUUUAA